AUGACGACCAAUACCGAGGUAGCAGCGUUGUCUCCUGGACUACGAAAUUUGCUCAUCCAAGACGAUCGUCCUUCGGACACUCCAAACCCAUCCAUUUUCAACGUUUCUAAUCGAAACCCAUCUUCACCCGCAAAAGAUGGUUUACCUUCACUCUCCUCUGUUCUUCCUAUUUCCAGCGCUCCAUCCUCUCGAAGAACCUCCGAAAUGUCUAGUAACAGACAAUCCGUUUCGCCACCGCUCGUAACUCCUCCUCUCCAUUCUAUGCCCUCUCCUUUAUCCGGCCAUCAGCAUAUUGGAGCUUUGAGUGUGUUAUCUGAAGCCGCAGCGAGGGAGAAAGAAUUACCCGUGACAGUUGACGAAAGUGAAUCAGACGGGGAACAUACAGAUUCGAAACGUAAGGGAUCAGUUCCCUCACCUCUUUCACUUGGUCAACAACCUCGAAGACCUUCUGGCUUAUUUGCCUUACUCAACGAAUCUUCACAUCCCGUUCCAGCAGGUUCUGUGCAAUAUCCCACUUAUAACACAUUCGACCCCCUUGUCGAUUCUCCCCCAUUCCGAUAUCAUCUUCCACCAAAUCUCUCCACUGCUCCUCCAAUCCCCACAUCAGCCUCUGCUUGGCCCACACAUAACAUAUCCAGACGAUACUCCAGUCAACCGUACGAAUAUCAUCGUCCUCUCACCUCGCACACUUUCGAACAAGGAACGAGCGGAUCCAUAGGUGUGCGAGCACCUAUAAGUCGGACGACCAAAGCUUGCAACGCUUGUAGAAACAGAAAAGUUAGAUGUGAUGCUGGAGGUGUUUCCGCUGCGACAGGAGCGGAACCUGCCACUUGUUCAAGAUGUAAAGAAAGUGGAGUGGAAUGUAUUUAUUCAGGUCCUCAAAAGAAACGUGGUCCCUGUCCGGGGUAUGUCAAAUUUACUCUCAUCCCAAACAACAUUUACAAAGGACUGAUCCACAGAACCGCUAGACCUAGCACUGGGAAAAGUCGUAAAUCGUCAUACCGAAAUUCCGUCGGUACCAUCAAAACACUUAGUCCAACGGAAGAUUCCCCCAACUCUCCAUACACCCCGUUUUCCCGCACAUCAUAUGGUUUCCCACCACCCCAUGUUCUACCUCAACAACAUACUUACGAACAUACUUCACAUACCCAAUUCUCAUCUUUUCCUCAUACUCAACCCGGUCCUUGGUCAUCUGUACAUCCGGGGAAAGAUACGUCGGAAGUUGAACACUCCGGAUCUAGACCUCGCUCGAUGGGUAAUUGGUCUCACAUGUCAUUCACAGCUCCCGUCACACCCACUACUCCUAAUAUACCACACUCCUUCUUCCAACCUGAUUACACUAUGAAUUCACCCGACCCCACCAGCAUACCACGAGGACUGAGGAGAGGGAGCAGUUUCUUCGGGGAUAGUGGACGAUCACUGCCGCCAUUGAAGGUAGCUAUCACUCGACGAGAUACUUACUAUACUCCAUGA